UCAGCGGGCGGGUGCCGCCUGCUCCCGUGAGGCCCCGCGCGCGGCGGCGUGACGGCGCCAUGGAGGGCGGCUUCGGCUCGGACCUGGGGGGCGCGGGCGGCGGGAAGCUGGACCCGGGGCUCAUCAUGGAGCAGGUGAAGGUGCAGAUCGCCGUGGCCAACGCGCAGGAGCUGCUGCAGAGGAUGACGGACAAGUGUUUCCGCAAGUGCAUCGGGAAGCCGGGGGGCUCGCUGGACAACUCGGAGCAGAAGUGCCUCGCCAUGUGUAUGGACCGCUACAUGGACGCUUGGAACACCGUGUCGCGCGCCUACAACUCGCGGCUGCAGCGGGAACGUGCCAACAUGUGACCUCGGGGGGCUUGGGGCUCCCACCCUGCCUGGAGGGAGGGGCC